AUGCGGAUUACAGAAAUUGUCAUUGACGGCUUCAAAUCGUACGCCGUGCGUACAGUCGUCUCAGGAUGGGACGAAUCCUUCAACUCGAUCACUGGCCUGAACGGCAGUGGUAAAUCCAACAUCCUCGAUGCGAUUUGCUUUGUCCUCGGUAUUACGAACAUGACCACGGUCCGGGCGCAGAAUCUCCAAGAUCUUAUCUACAAACGUGGCCAAGCCGGUGUGACGAAGGCCAGUGUGACCAUCGUCUUUGACAAUCGCGAUACCGCGAAAUCCCCGAUCGGUUUCGAGGAAUACGCGACUAUCUCAGUGACACGACAGAUCGUUCUGGGCGGUACGAGCAAAUAUUUGAUUAACGGUCAUCGCGCGCAGCAGCAGACGGUGCAGAAUCUCUUCCAGAGUGUUCAGCUGAACAUCAACAACCCCAACUUCCUUAUUAUGCAAGGUCGAAUCACGAAGGUUCUGAACAUGAAGGCUGUUGAGAUUCUUUCCAUGAUCGAAGAGGCAGCGGGUACGCGAAUGUUCGAGGAUAGGCGAGAGAAGGCGGGCAAGACAAUGGGCAAAAAAGACCUGAAAUUGCGCGAAAUCGAGGGACUACUAAAGGAAGAAAUCGAACCCAAACUCGAGAAACUCCGUGCCGAGAAGCGUGCUUUCCUCGAUUUUCAACAGACCCAGAACGACCUGGAGCGGUUAACGAGGCUGGUUGUCUCCCACGACUACAUCCGAGGCAACGAACGGUUACGGGUUGCUGGAGAGGAGUGCGAAAACAAAAGGCAAAAGGUCCAAACACUUGAGGAUAAUGCAUCUAAACUGAAGAACGAGAUCGGUCACCUGGAGGAGGAUGUUAAGCGGGUGCGGACAGCUCGCGAUAAAGAGUUGCGGAAAGGAGGUAAAUUCCAGGGUCUUGAAGAUGAGGUCAAGGCCCAUUCGCAUGAGCUAGUCCGACUGACGACUGUUUUCGACCUCAAGAAUGCCAGCAUUGCAGAAGAGAAGGAAAGGCAGAAGCACAAUAAAAAGACUGUAAACGACCUUGAGAAGCUUCUCAAAGAAAAGAAGGACGUCUAUGAUAAACUGCAAGCGCAAUACGACACUGCGAAGGCGGAGCUCGACGCUCAGACCGCUGAGGUAGAGCAGAAAGAAGAAUUGCUCCAGUCGUUACAGACUGGUGUCGCAUCCAAGGAAGGUCAGGAAAGCGGGUAUCAAGGACAAUUGCAGGACGCCCGAAACCGUGCUAGCGGUGCCGCUACAGAGCAAGAGCAAGCCAAACUCAAAAUUGCUCAUCUGGAAAAGAGGGUCAAAGAAGAGGAGCCGCGCGCCAAAAAGGCAAAGCAACAAAACUCUGGUCUUUUGGAAGACCUAGAGGGACUGAAGUCGCAGGCCAAGAAACUGGAAUCUGAGCUCACGAAGCUUGGGUAUGAACCUGGUAAAGAAGAACAGAUAUACCAGGAACAAGGUAGCCUGCAGAAGGAUAUCCGUGAACUGCGCGGACGAGCCGAUGAGCUCAAGAGAAGGGUGGCCAACAUCGACUUCAACUACACAGACCCGUACCCCGGCUUUGACCGAUCCAAAGUCAAGGGCCUAGUUGCUCAGCUCUUUACCCUGGACAAAGAGAAGAUCCCCGCUGCGACAGCGCUGGAAAUCUGCGCUGGAGGUCGCCUGUACAACGUUGUUGUUGAUAACUCUGAAACCGGUACUCAUUUGCUUCAGAAAGGGAAACUGCGCAAGCGAGUGACCAUCAUCCCGUUGAAUAAGAUCUCUUCUUUCAGGGCAUCCGUGGAGAAGAUUGGCGCAGCACAGAACCUUGCACCCGGCAAGGUUGAUCUUGCCUUGGAGCUGAUUGGGUACGAUGAAGAGGUUACGGCCGCUAUGAAUUAUGUGUUUGGCAACACGCUGGUUUGCAAGGAUGCGGAUACGGCAAAGCGAGUGACUUUCGAUCCAUCUGUGCGUAUGAAGAGCGUUACUCUCGAUGGUGAUGUUUAUGAUCCAUCGGGUACUUUGUCUGGAGGUAGCGCACCGAACUCGAGUGGAGUACUCGUCACCCUGCAAAAAUUGAACGAAAUCACCCGAGAAAUCCGGACAAAGGAGCGUCACUUGGCGAGCUUGGAGGAGAAUAUGAGAAGGGAGAAGAAGAAGCUCGACGCUACGCGCGCGCUCAAGCAAGAAUUAGACCUCAAGACCCACGAGAUCAAGCUCACAGAAGAGCAAAUUAGCAACAACUCGUCGUCUUCUAUCAUUCAGGCCGUUGAGGAAAUGCGAGCGAACAUCGAACAGUUGAAGAAGGACAUUACCAACGCCAAGGCUCGACACAGCGAAGCGACCAAGGAUAUUAAACGAAUCGAGAAGGAUAUGAGCGAAUUUAAUGACAAUAAAGACAGCAAGCUCGCAGAAUUGCAGGCUUCGGUCGAUUCGCUUAAAAAAAAUCUUUCUAAGAACUCCAACGCCGUCAAGACCUUGCAAAAGGAACUCCAGAGCUCGCGGUUGGAAUCCGAGCAGGUUGGAAGCGACCUCUCAGCGGCUGAGGAACAGAGUGCAGAGGUCGAGAAUACCCUCAAGGUCCAGAUUGAAGAGAUCGAGUCGAUGAAGAGAGAACAAGCCCGUAUAAAGGAUGCCCACGAUGUUGCUCAAGCUCAGCUCGAUGACGAGAGAGCCAAGCUGACUGGCUUCGAUGAAGAACUGCGGGAACUCGAGACAGCGAUCCAGACCAAGAACUCCCGGAUCACCGAAGAGGGUCUUGAAAUGCAGAAACUUGGGCACCAGCUUGAGAAGUUGCAGAAAGACCAGCAUGUUGCCGCUCAGGCCGUUGCUCAUAUGGAAUCGGAACAUGAGUGGAUUGCUGAUGAAAAGGACAAUUUCGGACGCCCCAAUACUGUUUACGACUUCAAGAACCAGAACAUUGCGGAAUGCAAGUCAACGCUGCGCAACGUUACCGAAAGAUUCCAGGGAAUGAAGAAGAAGAUCAAUCCGAAGGUCAUGAACAUGAUUGACAGCGUUGAGAAGAAAGAAGCUGCGUUGAAGAACAUGAUGAAGACCGUGAUCCGCGACAAGCGUAAGAUCGAAGAGACCAUCAUCAACCUGAACGAAUAUAAGAAGGAAGCUCUUCAUAAGACUUGGGUUAAGGUCAAUGCCGACUUUGGUCAGAUUUUCUCGGAGCUUCUGCCCGGCAGCUUUGCGAAGCUGGAUCCUCCUGAAGGCAAAGACAUCACCGAUGGUCUGGAAGUUAAAGUCAGUCUGGGUAAGGUGUGGAAGCAAAGUCUAACUGAACUGAGUGGUGGUCAACGAUCUCUGAUCGCCCUCUCGCUGAUCAUGGCUCUCCUGCAAUUCAAACCCGCUCCGAUGUACAUUCUGGACGAAGUCGAUGCUGCGCUUGACCUGUCUCACACGCAGAACAUCGGUCGUCUGAUCAAGACCCGGUUCAAGGGAUCGCAGUUCAUCAUCGUCUCUCUUAAGGAUGGUAUGUUCCAGAACGCGAACCGGAUCUUCCGGACCAGGUUCAGUGAAGGAACGAGUAUCGUCCAAGCGUUGACUCCUGCUGAUAUGAAGUAG